GCUAUGACGACACUUACCGCCAUAUUGUUUAUAACAAUGGUCGCCUUUAUACCGUAGACUAAACAUACAUGUAGAAAAAUUGAAUUAAAUAAGAAAAAUGGCGACACAGACUCAAACAGUGAAGCGAUCUGGCUUUCAACAAGCCAGGGUCCACGAUUAUCUCUAUGAUCCUCAUAAUGUGAUGUCAAGUGAGAGAGAUCAUGCCAGGGCCACGUUCAAAGCUCACACAAGCACAGACCGUGUUAAACGGGUGCCCUUGUAUAAUACUAUGUUUAGUGAACUACGUCAUCAUCCCCGUUUUCAAAUGCGGUUAGAUGUUACAGAUCCUGUGCCAAAAUUCAUAUCCAGGCAAUGGAGAGGCUAUGCUGACCAAGCUCGUGAAGCAAUGAUGCGUUACACAACUUUUAACUAUGAUCCAAGUGUCACAGUACCACCAAAACAUUAUGCAAAUGCAGAAGUUGGAGGACGAAAUCGAUACAAAUUUUUUAAAAGACCAAUAAUUCCAUUUUUACAACAAAUCCCACCAGAAGUUAUGCUUGCCACAGCAAGGCAAGAUCCGCUGGCAGGACCUGACCAGUUGCAGCUUGAACGUCCUCCAACCCCUUUGACGAAAACAGUGGAAAUUCAAACAGACUACAGAGACUCUGAGGCCCAAACUGAUCCAUACACACCAGAGUAUGUUGUACGUCCAGGGUCUGCCCCAGAGUUAUUGACUCUGGCCACUUUGUCACAUGGUCGAGGACUUCCUGCUGGUUUGGCUGAGGUGGAAAUGAUUGAGCGUGCUCGUACCAAACGUGCAUGGGAGGCAACUCUUCCUCCUCUGAAUGAUGUAUCUCAACUUGAAAAAAGAAGAAAGAUGAUGGAUGAGAUGGAGAGAAAAGAAUGGGCUCUCAGGGAGCAAGAGAUUGAAAAGUUACAGGAUGCUAGACUAGAAGUGUUGAAACAACUUCUGAAAAAGAGGGAAGAAAAUCAUGCAGAAUUGAAUAUCAAGAGACUGGACAAAUUGUGGACAAAAAAGCAGAAAGAAAAGGAUUAUAGAGUAAAGAAAAUUAGGAAUGAACACAUAAAGUCAAUCAGAAAGUUGACAAGAAAAAGAGGACGGGUGGAAGGCAAACUGGAGAGAAGAGAUAUUAUUCAAGAGUUCUCAAAUUUCGGAUCUCAGACAUAUGCCCCUCUGACUAGGAUUGGAAUGUUUUUGGAUCGUGGAUCUGAACAGUAUGUUGUAAAGAGUCGCCAUUUGAGCACUUACCAGGGUCUGUUGGAGCUGGAAGCCUCACUUCCAGAUUUUGUUGUGAAUCCCCGUGUGAAAGCACCAAAACCCAAAACUGUGACAAAGACUGGGUACAUGAAGAGGAAAUAUCGUCAGGAGCAAGAACUUAAAGACAUGCAUACAACAAUUGUGGAAGAGAAAGAGAAAGGAGAAAUGGACCCCAAACCAUUGAGGUUCCUUCAGAAGAUUGAGAAACCAAUUCCAAGGCCCCCCACUCCCACUGUAGAGGUUCCAUCAGAGGAACUGGAGCGAGCCGGAGAUAAAAUAGAGGAAGAAGAAAAAGAACUUGGAGUUAUCUUCUUGCAACAAGUCAUCAGAGGAAGAGCAAUACAGAAUAUGAUUUUCGAAGGAAAAGAGAAAAGACAGGAACUAAUCAAGGAAUUAAGAAGUACACAUGCUCUGCAAGGUGCAGAGCAACAAAUCAAGCAACAGGAAAAGCAAGCAACACUAGCCCUGCAACGCCAGCGAAGGCUCCAUGAACACAAGGAAUUACUGGUUGAUGAGGCAAUGAGCCAGUUGGAGGGUUCCUCUCUGGGAGACACCCUGGACUUUCUUAGUAAGGAACUGGUCCGUCUGCAGGAGGAGAGGAGGAUACAUGCGUUCUCCAUGCUUGCUGAGAGACAGAGGAGAAUCAGAGAGGCUGAGGAGAGUGGCAGGAGGCAGGUUGAGGAGAGGAGGCGACGCGAGGAGGAUGAAGUUUUUAAACAGGUGGUCAAGGUCCACCAGAGGUCAGUGGAAACAUAUCUGGAGGAUAUUAUUCUGGGGUCUAUUGACAAGACAGCAGAUGAGCAAGCUCGAGCUGAGAUCAUGGAACAGGCUGAGAAAAUCAAUGAUCUGGCAUAUGAAAUAGAGGACAGUCGAACACAGCUCCAGUCAGAAGAAAUCGUUGCUGAUCUUGUUCAUUGUUUCUUAUUACCUGAAGUUAAGAAAACCACCAUGAGAGAAAAAGUGAGAAGAGAUCAGCGGAAAUAUCUCUUAGCAGCUCAUAAAGAGAUUCACAAAGAAGGGGAAGAUAUACUGUCAGUGAAUGCUAAACCUGGUAAACCAGACUCUGGCAAAGAGGAGGGGUCUUCAUGAACUUCCAAAGCCGCUAAAACUGCCAACCUUUAAAAACAAAUUGUCAGAAAAACAUUUCAGUGGCAGUGUUCAAGGCAUUAGUAAUCUAUAAGGCUAGGGCUGCAAAUCAGAACUAUUGUGCGACUGAAACUUCUGACAUAUCAAAUGGAUUUUUACUAUCAUUAAACUUUUUUCUUCAAGGCUAUACUUAUAUUUACGAAUCUGAAACUGGUUUUCGAUGCACCCUGGUAUAAAGAGUAUUUAUUUAAGAGUUAUGUUACCAUCAUUCACUGUGAAUGAAAUCAUGUUUAUAAGAUUCAAUGAGCUAUUCUGUGAUACAAUUCAUCUUAAAUAGAUAAAUCAUGUUUAUAGGUGAAUGUUCAGCAGUUAUAGUGUAUCUUACUGUAAAACUUGAGUAUGUGAAAAUAUAUUUCACGAGUUGUUUAACCUAUGUUUUCAAUAAAAGUUUAAACUUAA